AUGUCGUCUCAUGUGCUCCGUUCUAAAUCUGCGCCUACCACAAAACCACUUUCGGCGCAUUUUAUUCCCAAAAAUGUCUCAUUCUCUUCUCUCGAGGCGAACCAACCUUCCAGACAUAUUCAAGGUCCGAAAGUGGAGUCAAAUAUGUUCGACGAAUCGGAGGAACUAUAUCGAUCACCUAUAGAGUCACCACUCACACAACGAGUCGAAGCAUUCAACCUUUCAGGGGGAUUCUUUCCGUCUCAAGCUCACGAGUACGAAUGGGCCUCUUCCAGCAACAUUUCACAUGGAGAAGAGAACCCAGGAGCACUGAGCCAUAGUCCUCACUCAGCUUACAGCUCCUUACCAGCAACUCCUGGAGCCAACUUGAUUCACCGCCCAUUACCGGACGAACUGGACCUUAUGGCCACUGAAACUAUUCGAUCCGAAGACAAAAUGGGAGUUCUUAAGCUUACCGCUCGUGGUUUAUCUUCUUUACUAUUGGGUACCAGUGACGACAAGCCAUCACGGGAGUUUACCUCUCACACAGAACCCUUGAGCGAAGAUUCAUUAUAUUCUUCUAUCCGUGCACGAAGACUGGAAGCAACCACCCCUCAAGAGGAACAAGCUCAUUUCGGAGAGCUCUUUUUCGGUCCACAGCCAGGCCUCAAAAUGAAGCUUGAUGCGACGGAUCUAAGAUACAUCACCAAUGAGGAGUUCCGAGUUUUAACAGCGGUAGAAAUGGGAUCCAAAAAUCACGAAGUUGUUCCAUCGUCUUUAGUAGCUCAGAUCUCGGGGCUAAGAAAUGGUGGUAUAAAUAAACUAUUGGGACAGCUAGCGCAGAGGAAUCUCAUUGCGCGAGUCCAAAACACAAAGUACGAUGGAUAUCGGCUAACUUAUGGAGGGUACGAUUAUCUUGCCUUGCGGGCGUUCUCCAAAAGGGACACCAUUCAUGCGGUGGGCAAUCAGAUUGGAUUCGGGGCGGCUAGAGCACCCACUAAAUCCCGCUUAGACAUAUACGUCGCUUCAGAUACCGAUGGAGAACAAAUGGUACUAAAGAUCCAUAGAUUGGGGCGUGUGUCAUUUCGUGCAGUCAAGGAGAAACGUGACUACAUGGGUAAGCGUAAAUCCGCGAGCUGGAUGUACCUCAGCCGGCUAGGUGCGAAGAAAGAAUGGGAGUUUAUGAAGGUGUUACACGAGAAUGGCUUCCCUAUCCCAAAGCCCAUCGAUUAUGCAAGACAUUGUAUACUUAUGGAACUGAUAGAUGCAUAUCCACUGCGACAGAUUGCAUCACAUCCCAACCCGGGAUCACUAUACAGUUCCCUGAUGGAUGUGAUCGUCAGGUUUGCAAAAGCUGGGCUUAUUCACGGCGAUUACAAUGAGUUUAAUAUUCUAAUCAGACGUGAGACUGGGGAGCCAGUCGUUAUUGAUUUCCCACAGAUGGUUUCGACGCGACACACUAAUGCGGAGUGGUAUUUUAACCGUGAUGUGGAGUGCAUCCGACGGUUCUUUAGGCGAAGAUUUGCAUAUGAGAGUGCUGUCUACCCUCGUUUUUCAAAAACAGUCACCGAGAGCGAGAGUGAAGAGGGAUUCCGCCUCGACGUUGUCGUUGCUGCAAGUGGUUUCAGCGGGAAAGAAAUGAAGACACUAGACGAGUAUAUGGAGUCUAGGCUAGGCGAAGAUGUCGAAAGUUCUGAGCAGGAAGGUUCUGAGCAGGAAGGUUUUGAGCAGGAAAACUCUGAACUAGAAAGCGAUGAGGAAUCUGAGCCGGAUGACGAUGGCAAUGAGUCACCUAACUUUAGGCAGGUCCGGCCAGCCGCCCAGGACCAUGUUACACGUCAAGAGCGACGGCGCAUCUUGGAUACACCACUGUCCGAUACAGGAGAGGAUCGAGAUUUAACCACAAGGUUACCCGUCGAGUCCCUGACAAUUAAAGACGAUGCCGAUGGCAAUCGGAUUCUCGGCGCGACCCAGUCUAAGACUUUGGGUGGCUCCAGGACCUUUGUGGGUGGCGAUGGUUCGGAGGGUGAUGUGCCACAGGUUGUGCCUAAAAAGCCUACAUCCGUUGUACGAAGCCUUGUUUCGUCAACGCUCGAGAAGGAGCGCCGCCAAAAUUCCAAGCACCAUAACAAACGGGGUACUGCAAAAGUCGGGAGAGCCAAGGGACAUAAAGGGAAACAGAAUCUCCGAGUCAGGGCGGACAGUUUGGGUGUUUGGGAUUAG